AUGCUGCCCUCAUCUUCUCUCAGCUGCCUGGUAGCUUUCCUGGCCGUGUUGCCGUCCACCUUGGCCAAGGACUGGGAGGGCGAGCCUUAUACAUGGCUUUAUCAAUACCCACUGCCCAUCCCACCGGUGAAGUCUCCAAAGAUGACCAUCACCAACCCCGUGACCAACAAGCAAAUUGAUUACUAUGAAGUCAAUAUCCAGCCGUUCCAGCGCCAAAUUUACCCUAACAAGGGUAAAACGAAUCUCGUAGGGUACGACGGUAUUGCACCGGGCCCAACCUUCCUUGUUGAAAAGGGACGAGAGACUGUGGUCCGCUUCAUCAAUAACGCGAAGUUGCCGAGCUCCGUACACUUGCAUGGUAGCCCUUCUAGAGCACCGUUUGAUGGCUGGGCUGAAGACACGACACAGCCAAACCAAUACAAGGACUAUUACUACCCAAACAGCCAGUCAGCGCGGACACUGUGGUACCAUGACCAUGCUAUGGAUGUCACAGCUGUCAACGCCUACUUUGGCCAAGCCGGCGCAUAUCUCAUCCACGACCCAGCCGAGGAUGGACUGGGGCUGCCAUCUGGCUACGGGACUUAUGACGUUCCCCUGAUUCUGUCCUCGAAGCAGUACAAUUCCGACGGUACACUUGUCAGCCCCGCCGGGGAGACGAACAGUCUCUUCGGCGACGUGGUACACGUAAACGGCCAGCCCUGGCCGUUCUUCAAGGUGGAACCGCGAAAGUACCGCCUCCGGUUCCUGAACGCGGCCGUCUCCCGCUCGUUCAAUCUCUACUUCGAGCGCCAGGCCGCGGCGGGGACGCGGAUCCCGUUCCAGGUCAUCGCGUCCGACUCCGGCCUGCUGUCGGGUCCCGCGCCCGCGGAUAAGCUUUCCAUCUCCAUGGCCGAGCGGUACGAGGUCGUAUUCGACUUCACCAACUACAAGGGCCAGAACAUCACGCUCCGCUCGGACGCCAGGGUCGGCGCCGACAUCCCCUACCUGAACACGGACAAGGUGAUGCAGUUCGUAGUGUCCAACGCGGCCGUGGCCGACGCGUCCACGGUCCCCACGAAGCUGCGCGACGUGCCUACCCUCCCCGUGAAGAGCACUGUGGCACAGCGCUUCAGGUUCGAGCGAUCCAACGGAGGGUGGCUCAUCAACGGCGUUGGGUUCUCCGAUGUCGCGAACCGGGUGCUCGCCAAGCCUCCCCAGGGAACCAUCGAGGUGUGGGAGCUGGAGAAUACCAGCGGGGGUUGGACACACCCGGUGCACGUGCACCUGGUGGACUUCAAGGUGCUGAAGCGCACCGGGGGCGCCAACCGCGGGGUGUUGAACUACGAGGCCAGCGGGCUCAAGGAUGUGGUCUGGCUGGACCGCGGCGAAACCGUCACGGUCGAGGCACAGUACGCGCCGUGGGACGGCUUGUACAUGUUUCACUGCCACAACCUCGUGCACGAGGACCACGAGAUGAUGGCCGCCCUCAACGUCACGGCGCUGUCGGACUUUGGAUACACCGAAACGCGCUUCAACGACCCGAUGGAGCAGAGGUGGCGGGCGAAGCCGGUGGUGGCUGCGGACUUUACACCUGACGCUAUCAACACCAAGGUCCAAACCAUGGCUGCUCUGAAACCGUACAGUGAUUUGGAUGCCAUGGAUCAAAAGCUCAAUCAAUACUGGGCCUCCCGUGGUGGUGCUAAGGUCAAGGCGAAACGAAUUUCAUAA